GAGGAGCGCGCCGGCCGCGGCCGCGGGGGGGGGGUUUGGAAAAAUGACUCAGUAAGUUCAGCGCGCCCGCUCCGGCCGGCCCUGCGCCUCCCGCCGCGCCCGGGAUGUAUUCGUCCCCGCUCUGCCUGACCCAGGAUGAGUUCCACCCGUUCAUCGAGGCGCUGUUGCCUCACGUCCGCGCCUUCGCCUACACCUGGUUCAACCUGCAGGCGCGGAAGCGCAAGUACUUCAAGAAGCACGAGAAGCGGAUGUCGAAGGACGAGGAGCGCGCGGUGAAGGACGAGCUGCUGGGCGAGAAGGCCGAGGUCAAGCAGAAAUGGGCGUCGCGGCUGCUGGCCAAGCUGCGCAAGGACAUCCGGCCCGAGUGCCGCGAGGACUUCGUGCUGGCCAUCACCGGCAAGAAGGCGCCGGGCUGCGUGCUCUCCAACCCCGACCAGAAGGGCAAGAUGCGCCGCAUCGACUGCCUGCGCCAGGCCGACAAGGUGUGGCGGCUGGACCUGGUCAUGGUCAUCCUCUUCAAGGGCAUCCCGCUGGAGAGCACCGACGGCGAGCGCCUGGUCAAGGCGGCGCAGUGCGGCCACCCGGUGCUCUGCGUGCAGCCGCACCACAUCGGCGUGGCAGUCAAGGAGCUCGACCUCUACCUGGCCUACUUCGUGCGCGAGCGAGAUGCAGAGCAAAGCGGCAGUCCCCGGGCGGGGAUGGGCUCCGACCAGGAGGACAGCAAGCCCAUCACACUGGACACCACCGACUUCCAGGAGAGCUUCGUCACCUCCGGUGUGUUCAGCGUCACUGAGCUCAUCCAAGUGUCCCGGACACCUGUGGUGACUGGAACAGGACCCAACUUCUCCCUGGGGGAGCUGCAGGGACACCUGGCAUAUGACCUAAAUCCAGCCAGCACCGGCAUGAGAAGAACGCUACCCAGCACAUCCUCCAGCGGGAGCAAGCGGCACAAAUCGGGCUCGAUGGAGGAAGACGUGGACACGAGCCCCGGCGGCGAUUACUACACCUCGCCCAGCUCUCCCACGAGUAGCAGCCGCAACUGGACGGAGGACAUGGAAGGAGGCAUCUCAUCCCCGGUGAAGAAAACAGAGAUGGACAAGUCCCCUUUCAACAGUCCGUCUCCCCAGGACUCGCCCCGCCUCUCCAGCUUCACCCAGCACCACCGGCCCGUCAUCGCCGUGCACAGUGGGAUCGCCCGGAGCCCUCACCCGUCCUCGGCCCUGCACUUCCCCACCACGUCCAUCCUGCCCCAGACGGCCUCCACCUACUUCCCGCACACGGCCAUCCGCUACCCACCUCACCUCAACCCCCAGGACCCGCUCAAAGAUCUUGUGUCGCUGGCCUGCGAUCCGGCCAGUCAGCAACCUGGACCGUUAAAUGGAAGUGGCCAGCUCAAAAUGUCCAGUCACUGCCUUUCUGCUCAGAUGCUGGCACCCCCGCCCCCCGGGCUGCCGCGGCUGGCGCUCCCCCCCGCCACCAAACCCACCUCCGAGGGAGGAAGCUCGUCGCCGACCUCGCCCUCCUACUCUACGCCCGGCACGUCCCCUGCAAACCGUUCCUUUGUGGGAUUAGGACCAAGGGAUCCAACGGGCAUUUAUCAGGCACAGUCCUGGUAUCUGGGAUAAGAAAGAUUUCUUCCCACGCCCUGCUCCUUCGUCCCGGGAAUCGCGGGGAGCCACACAGCCGGCCCCCGGCCCACGUUUUCGGUGGCAAGCUAGAGCAAGCAAGAACACCCCGCUGACUCCCAGCCCGGCCGAAAGACAAAACACACAGACACAUAACACACAGGAGGAAAAGAAAAAAGAAAAAAAAAAAGGAGAAAAAAAAAAAAAAGACAAACGGGAAAAAAAACAAAAACAAAAGAAAACCACACAUAAAAAUAAACCCACCCAACCAAGAAGAUAAAAGGUAAAGAUGGCAACGCUUCGGACUCUCGGGAUGCUGCGGCCGGACGGACCGGACCGGAGGGCCAGGCCCCACCGCCCCUGGGAGCGGGCGCUCGGGGCGUCCUAAGUUAUUCAUCUCCUCUCGCUGCUGCUCUGGGAGGGCUGGCUGCCCCCACCUCCGCCCUGGACCAGGUGAGCGCAGCCUGGUGCCCAUGCCCAGCCGACGGGGCAGGACACCCAGCGAGGCCGCCUCUCCCGCGCGCCCCCAUCGCCACUGCCACUGGGACAGUGUUUGCCAAGUGGGGAGGCAGCCCCCGGGGGGCCGGCGAGGACCCCGGUGGCAGGCAGCAGAGGCCACCGCAGAGGCUGGGGUGGGCAGGGGUGCGACGGGGGCAGAAGAGGGUUGCGGGGAGACCCCGGGCGUCGCCGGGGGACAAGGACGCAUGGCCAAUACUCUCUCAGGAGUGCCCCGCGGUUGUGGACGUCUCCGCCCCCCCCCCCCCCACCCAGAGCGCGCCGGGGACUCGGUCUUUGGUGAAGCCCCGCGCGCAGGCCCGGUUUGGGAGACAUCUCUAUGCAAAUGACCCCCAGCCCGCCCCGCCCCAGGCAUAGGAGGCCACCCUAGCGCACCCCAGCCCCCGGGGGAGGGCCCCGCGUUGCACACACUGUAAGAAAUGCACUUUCCGAGGAGGGGGCUGGGGGCGGUGGAGCGGAGGGGCCCGGGGCUGCUCUGGACUCUCCAUCCACCCAAGCCCUGAAUGGGGAGGACCCCACCACCCCGCUUAGCCCAUGGAGGUGUGGGAGGUGAGAGCGAGUGGUUUAAGUGCCUGAUUCCCACCGCCCGCCCCCCCUCCCCUUGGUCCAGCUGGGAAGCGAGUGGCUGUGGGCAUCCUCCAGCCUCCCCCCCACAACCCGGCCCCUCCAGUUGCUG